AUGACGGACACUUUUGAAACCACUCCUGACAUUACGCCUGAGAAACUUACCAUCAUGAAGCUCAAGGCGAGUGGGUUGGGUGGAAUCGACCGUGAUGUGUUUUCCGAACCAUCCUCCCCCACACGGAACCGGUCAUUCUCUUUUGGAUCCCAAGCCGGCGGUGUCUCUCAUGCACAUGGUUCCUCUCACAACUCAUCACUUGGUCGCCGGUCGACCCGUCAGACCAGCUCACUGUCACGUCGCUCGAGUUCAUUCCUGCAAUCGCACCGCAACACAAUGUCUAUGGAGCUCACAUCACAAGCUGAGGGCAAGCUGUUUGCUUUUGUCGACACAAUGUCUUCUGCAGCACGUGAAGCUGCUUCACUGAAGGAGUCAUGGGCUCGCAUGAUGGCCGAGCGCGACAGUCUUCUUCGCGAGAGAGACGAGCUAUUGGUCACUGUUGAGGAAGUGACUGAGGAGUUUCAGCGCAAGGAUGCUGAGCACUCUCACCAUGGCCACGAGCAUGGCGAGCGGAAGAGGCAAGUAGAGAAGCUCAUUCUUGAGCUCACUACCGCCAUGACCGCGGUUGCCGAGCACAAGAAGAAGCUUGCUGAUCGCGACCGCGACUUGCAAAGCGUUCGUCAUGAGCUUCAUGAGCUCCACACCUCAGUAUCCCUGACGCAUACCGACCGCGAAAGGACGAAGACUGAGUUGGAGGCAACAUUCGCCAGGUUGAAGAUGUGCGAGGACGAGCGCGAUUCCGCUCGCCUGGACGCAGACAGACACCAUACCGAGCUCCGAAACUUGCUUCGCGAGCACACUGAACUCAAGAGCAAGUACACAGAGACUUCGUCAAAGUUUGAGUCUACUCGCAAAGAAGUUCUCACUCUUAGCGAUCGCAUCAAGGUCUUUGAGAUUGAGAGGGAUGAGCACCUUCAUGAGAAGGAUCGUCUACAUGACGAACUCAAGCGUCUGAGGUCCAGGGCUGAUGAGACGUCGCGGGAGUUCACUGAGCUUACCGAGCGCCACGACCGUGUGCAACGGGAGCUUCACAAGCUCAAGGAGACUGUCCGCAUCGUCGAGACCGAGCGCGAUGAUUUCUCCAUUACUAUUGAGAACCUUCGCCGCGAAGUCAAGGCCAAGGCCACUGGAUGGGAAGAGGCUGAUGCUCGCUGCGACGAUCUGACCCUCAAGCACGACCACAUCAAGCGCGAGGUUGUUUCCCUCAAGGACAAGCUCCGCGACGUGGAGAUGGAGCGCACUGAGCUCCGAGAGUCCAUGGACCGAUCCCGCGAAGACCACCGCCUAAUCGUCAUCGAGCGCGACCAAAUCAAGCAAGAUCUCCACGACGAGCAGCGUAAGGUCGAAGAUGGCCACCGUCGCAUCAACGUCCUUGAGGAAUCUCUCCGCCGCUCCGAGCUCACCAUCACGGAGAUCAAGACAGAAAUCGUCACCCUCACUGAGCGCAACAAGGUGCUCCACCGCGAAGGCGACGAUUCCCGUGGCAAGCACGGCCACCUAACCGCCGAAAUCGCCUCUUUGAUGGAGAAGCUCGCCCUUUUCGAAGCCGAAAUCAGCAACCUAAAGUACGCCCGCGACCGCGCGCAUUCCGACCUCAACGCCUGGAAGCACAAAUACGAGGAGAUAACCGAAACAAUUACAACCUACGAGGACUCCUCUGCGGAGUUCGAAUUCGAAAUCACCUCCCUACGCACCCUUCUCAACGAAGCCCGCGAGCAAAAGGAACGCGCCAUCUCGGCCCGCUACGCCGCCGACCGCGAGCGCGACGAGUACAUAGCCAAGUACGAGGAGAAGUGCCGUGAAAUGGAGCGGUUUGAGGAAAAUGCGAGUUCGGUUUAUCAUGCUAGUGCCGCGGCGUCUGGGGGUGGCGGGGGAGCGCGCAAGAGUCAUAUAUCGAGGAUCGUGUCCUCGACGGGGACUACAGUGCACAAUGAGAGCGCAGGCAAUGGACACAGCCACGGACAUGAGCACCACGAGGGGAAUUCUAUGUUCGUGUCAGUGUGA